AUGAAGAAGAAGAUUCUUCCAACUCUCUUCACAUUUUAUUACCACCUCUUGAAUUCCCAGAUUGUUCCCUCCUUAUGUUUCACUUCGUUUCUGUUCGGAGAUUCCCUCGUCGACACAGGUAAUAAUAACUAUCUCUUCACAUUGUCCAAGGCCGAUUCGCCCCCUUACGGCAUCGAUUUUGCUCCCUCCGGCGGCCAUCCCACCGGAAGAUUCACCAAUGGACACACCAUAGGAGAUCUCAUAGGCGAAGCUCUCGGAGCAAAAUCGUUCCCGCCGCCUUAUUUAAGCCCGAAUGCCGCCGCAUACGCCUUCGAUGUUGGAGUUAACUAUGCUUCGGGAGGUUCGGGGAUCUUGAACGGGACCGGAACUCUCUUCAUCGAAAGGCUACCGUUGUCCGAGCAGAUCAGCAAUUUCGAGAUGACGAGAAACUACAUGGUGAGCUCUGCGGGCGAAAAUAGGACAAAGGAUGUCCUAAAGAACACAGUUUUCUCAAUAACUAUCGGGUCCAACGACGUCAUAAACUACUUCCAACAACCGUUUGCGUUUCUCAACGGGAACGUCUCCAUGGCGACGUUCCAAGAUUUCAUGGUUUCGAAUCUAACGGAACAGCUUAAGCGAUUGCACGGUUUAGGGGCUCGUAAGAUUGUCGUCGUCGGGAUAGGCCCUCUCGGAUGCAUACCUUUCAUCCGCGCCAUUAGUCUCGUCCCGAGCAGAGAAUGCGCAGCUACGGUUAACGCCUUCGUCAGCAGCUACAAUCAGCGACUAAAAGUCGAGAUAAAUCAGCUGAAUGUCGACGCGGGGGCUGAUGCGAUCUUCGUUUACGUGAAUUCUUACGACAUAUUUUUAGAGAUCAUCGACAACUAUGGAGAUUACGGUUUUGGGAACAACGACGGGCCGUGUUGUGGAGGCUAUGUCCCGCCGUUCUUCUGCUACGACGGGAAUGGGAAUAACGCGACUGCAGCAGCGUGCCCCAAUCGAAGCGCGUAUGUGUUUUGGGACGCGUAUCAUCCGACGGAUGCUGCGAAUCGCAUUGUCGCCGAUCGAUUGUUGGAUGGCGACGAAAAUGAUUGUUCGCCGGUGAAUAUUCGACAGCUUUACUAUCACGAGUUCACUUGA